AUGAUCCCCAAGGCUCAUGAAGCGAACUGGAAGGUUGUCGGCAUGGCUCUUGCGUCAAGCAGCUUCUUGUAUACUGGCCUUGGAGCAACUGCUGCGUUCGUCGCGCUCAUGCUGCAUUCCCCGUCGCCUAUUCGCCAUGCAUUCUAUGAAGUCUUCGUCCACUUUCAUUUCGUUGCUGCGGCCGUCUCCUUCGGCUGCCUCUGGGUUCACUUGCACGGUUUGACUGCCAAAGCCUACCUGCUUGCGGCGAUUGUUCUUUGGGCUCUGGAGCGUGCAACUCGGUUUUUCAUCAUCUUCUACCACAACUUCGGCCGCAGCACCACCACCGCAACCGUCGAAGCUAUGCCCGGUGAUGCGAUGCGCAUCACUCUGCGUAUGGCUCGUCCCUGGACCUUCCGCCCUGGCCAGCACAUCUAUCUCUAUAUCCCAGCGGUUGGCUGGUGGACAUCACACCCCUUCUCCGUUGGCUGGAGUGAGACUGAAGACGCAAUGACUGAUGAGAAGGCUCUUCCCAUGUCAAAGCAAGACUUGAUCGCUGGACCCCAGAAGGAGACCAUCUCCCUGUUGGUCCGUCGCCGUACAGGUUUUACCGACAAGCUGUUCCAGCGUGCUUCGAACGCCCUUGGUAACCGAAUCACCCUCCGCGCCUUCGCCGAGGGACCUUAUGGCAACAUUCACACCAUGGAUUCCUACGGCACAGUGAUGCUCUUCGCCGGUGGUGUUGGCAUCACCCACCACGUUCCCUUCGUCCGUCACCUUGUGGCUGGUUUCGCAGAGGGUACUGUCGCCUGCCGUCGCCUUACCCUUGUCUGGAUCAUCCAGUCGCCCGAGCACCUGGAGUGGAUCCGGCCUUGGAUGACCAGUAUCUUGGCGAUGGACCGCCGUCGCGAAGUCCUCCGCAUCAUGCUUUUCGUUACCCGCCCGCGCAACACCAAAGAAAUCCAGAGCCCGUCUGCGACCGUGCAGAUGUUCCCCGGUCGUCCCAACAUUGAUACUCUUGUCGGAAUGGAGGUUGAGAACCAAGUCGGUGCCAUGGGUGUACUGGUGUGUGGAAACGGAGGCCUGAGUGAUGAUGUGCGCAAGGUCUGCCGCAGGAGACAGAAGAAGACCAAUGUGGACUACGUCGAGGAGAGUUUCUCCUGGUAG